AUGGAAAACACGCCAAAUUUAUCGGAGAGCAUCUCGGGGUCCCGGGACCCCUCAACACCUGGCAAGCAGCUGGAGCGCAAGACUGCCGAUGCGGCGCUGACGAGAGCUCUCCUGGGCCGCGAGGAGGCGGAGAGCGAUGCGAGGAGGUCACGCGAUGAGGUCAAGUCCCUGAAGAGGACACUAGAUGAGAGCAGGGACAGGGAAAAGAAGGUUAGCGAACGGAUGGAGCAGGUCAUGGAUCAAUACGUUCGCCUAAAAGAAAUGCACCAGCACACGCAAUCCAUUUGGGAAAAGGAGAUUCGACGACAACGAAAGGAGUAUUUCAAAGCUCACUCAGUUGGCGUUAGGCACGCGGAAGAGCUCAAGUUGGCCAAGGAGUCCCUGAGAUCAGCCGAGUCCAGCCUCGUCAAGGAAAAGGAGCGCAGUCGUGCUCGCGAGCAGGAGGCGUUCAAGGCGCGUUACCAGAUUGUCGGCGUGCAGGAACAGCUCGACCAGGCUCUUGAAAAGAUCAAGGUCGUGGAGCAGGAACGCGACGCCUUCAAAACGCUGGCCAAGAACGAAGAGGACGAGGACGACGAGUUCGCCUCGCCCAGAAAGAGGCCCCGCCUGUCGGUGGCGGACGUCGUGUCCUCUGCCGCCAGCGAACAGGAGAUUGAGGAUCUCGCCAUGAAGCUCUCGUGGGAGAAGCAGCGCGCCGACAGGGCGCAGGAGAAGAUUGACUUCCUCGUCGCCGAGUGCGAGCUCCGCUGCUGCCCCUGCGCCAAGUCCGCUGAGCGAACCGGCAUGCUCUCGCCCCGGCGCAUUCACGUCGCCGCGCCCGUGGAGAUUUUGGACAGCGCCGACCUGGCCAUUCUUAGGCAGAGGUCCACUACUCCCGACGAGGACGUACCGGAGCUGCCCCCUCUGGGCCUGUCCCGCGCCGCGGAGAAACAAGUAGAGGAGCAAACUGAGGAGGAGCAAGCCGCAGAGCAGGAAGCGGAGGAGGCGGAUGCCUACACGGAGCCGCCCACGCCCGUCGAGGCCCACCCGAACCCUCCCAAGUACGCCCGGACGCCCUCGGUCGACCCGCCUUCGUUUGCCCUCCUCGCCCAGGAGCGCACCUCCCUCCUCUCCCUCCUCAAUGCACCUCACGAGGAAACGGACGAGGAUGAGACGGAAGACAUGCCGACUAUCCCCACCAUGCCCGACGAGCAGGCAAACCGAGAUGGAGGCGAUGACGCCAUCUACGAGAACUCGAGCGCAACUCUUCGAGCGGAAGAUGACGGCGAAGAGUUGGCCGCCUCCGCCGCCGCCGCGUCGGCGGCCUUUACACGCCACGUGAGGAGCCGGUCGAGGGCGGAAGAUCCGUCAUUCGAUGCCUUGAAUCCGGCGCUGACGCCAACGAUGACGCGGGAGCAGGCGCUCGCGCAGAUUCGGGAGCGGAGGGGACGUGCACGUAGCGCGGCACAGGGCGCCGUCACGCCGAGAAGGCAGAUGGUCAAGGGCGUCGACAGGAGGGAUAUGAGCGCGCCCACCGGACGUCUGGCGAGCAAGGCCCGCACCGCCUAA